AGUGUUUUCGAGAAGAAGCCUGCGCCGUAGCUGUCAGCUCCAUUUUGUGCCGGCAGUUCGUCGCCAUCGCUGCACGCUUCCUACCGUCGCCUCGCGCGCUUUGUCCCCCGGGUUCGCGUCUGCGGAAAGAUGAGACAUUUAAAGAGACCUUACUGUCCUGACUGGGACGAAAGAGAUUGGGAUUAUGGGACAUGGAGGAACAGCGGCAGUCACAGAAGAAAGAAGAGAUCAUACAGCCCUGCUCGAGAGCCUAAGCCAUGCAAAUACGAUCACUCCAAAACAACCGAUGGCUAUUAUCUGGACAGCAGAUCCAUACGUGAGAAAGAGUUCCAUAGUCGACGCUACAUUGAUGAGUACAGGAAUGACUACAUGGGAUGUGAGCCAGCCUAUUACUAUGGAGACCAUGAAAGCAGAUAUCAGAAUCACAGUAGCAAGUCCUCUGGGGGAAGUGGAGGAAGCAGCUACAAGAGUAAACACAGGACUCACCACAGCACUUCCCGCCAUCGUCAUCAGGCACAUGGGAAGAGUCACCGAAGGAAAAGAACCAGGAGUGUAGAGGAUGAUGAGGAGGGUCACCUGAUCUGUCAGAGUGGAGACGUACUAAGUGCAAGAUAUGAAAUUGUUAAUACCUUAGGUGAAGGUGCUUUUGGAAAAGUAGUGGAGUGCAUCGAUCAUAAAGUGGGAGGUAGACAUGUAGCAGUAAAAAUAGUUAAAAAUGUGGACAGAUACUGUGAAGCUGCUCGAUCAGAAAUACAAGUUCUGGAACACUUAAAUACAACAGAUCCCCACAGUACUUUCCGCUGUGUCCAGAUGUUGGAGUGGUUUGAGCAUCGUGGUCACGUUUGCAUUGUGUUUGAACUUCUGGGUCUUAGCACUUAUGAUUUCAUUAAGGAGAACGGCUUUCUGCCAUUUCGGAUGGACCAUAUUAGGAAAAUGGCAUAUCAGAUCUGCAGAUCUGUAAACUUUUUGCACAGUAAUAAACUGACUCACACAGACUUAAAGCCUGAAAACAUCUUAUUUGUGCAGUCUGACUACACAGAGGUUUAUAAUCCUAAAAUGAAACGUGAUGAACGAACCUUAAUAAAUCCAGAUAUUAAAGUUGUAGACUUUGGAAGUGCAACAUACGAUGAUGAGCAUCACAGUACACUGGUGUCUACAAGACAUUACAGAGCACCUGAAGUUAUUUUAGCCCUAGGGUGGUCUCAACCAUGUGAUGUCUGGAGUAUAGGAUGUAUUCUUAUUGAGUAUUAUCUCGGAUUCACAGUUUUUCCAACUCAUGAUAGCAGAGAACAUUUAGCAAUGAUGGAAAGGAUUCUUGGACCACUACCAAAGCACAUGAUACAGAAAACCAGGAAACGUAAAUAUUUCCAUCAUGAUCGAUUAGAUUGGGAUGAACACAGUUCUGCUGGCAGAUAUGUUUCACGGCGCUGUAAGCCUCUGAAGGAGUUUAUGCUGUCUCAGGAUGCUGAACAUGAGCUUCUGUUUGACCUCAUUGGGAAAAUGUUGGAGUAUGAUCCAGCCAAAAGGAUUACUCUCAGAGAAGCCUUAAAGCAUCCUUUCUUUUACCCACUUAAACACACAUAGAUUGUAAAUACUUAUAGUGCUCUGAAAGAUUACAGACUGCGAGGUUGGGGAUUUAGCUAGGUGGUAGAGCACUUGCCUAGCAAGCGCAAGGCCCUGGGUUCGAUCCUCAGCUCAAAAAAAGAUUACAGACUGCAUCAGUCUAGUUUUAAAUACUAAGUUAUUUUGUAUAGCUUUGUACAUUUAUGUUUUUUAUUGUUUACAUGAUUUAUUAAAUACAUGGCCAAGCCAAAUAGGCAUUUCAGUAAUUAAAAGUUAAUUUCGAAUAAACUUUGCUUAUGAAUUUAUAAGAGUUUAUACAGUUU